CUGUUACGUGUUCACUGGGGGGGCGGGAUCAGCAGAUCUAUAGGCAAGAAUCUCGACCAAUGAGAAUCUUUGGAAUUUGCCUUCAGAUGCGCUAUAAACUUGCUCGCCCUGUGAGAUUUGGAACAUUUUCUUCAGAAUUUCAGGACAAAAGGCGAUUUCAUCAUGUGGACCUACCUGGCAUUGUCUACAUUGUGCCUCAGUGCGGUAUUUGCCGCACCAAGUUUAGACAAGCAGCUGGACGAGCACUGGGAACAGUGGAAGACAUGGCAUGGAAAAAAUUACCAUGAAAAGGAGGAGGGGUGGAGGCGUAUGAUUUGGGAGAAGAACUUGAGAAAGAUCCAAUUUCACAAUCUCGAGCACUCCAUGGGCAAACACACGUAUAGGCUUGGAAUGAACCACUUUGGUGACAUGAACCAUGAAGAGUUCAGACAGGUAAUGAAUGGCUACAAGCACAAAACCGAGAGGAAAUUUAAGGGAUCGCUCUUCAUGGAACCCAACUUCCUGGAGGUCCCAAACAAGCUGGAUUGGAGGGAAAAGGGAUACGUGACUCCUGUGAAAGAUCAGGGCGAGUGUGGAUCUUGCUGGGCCUUUAGCACUACCGGAGCCAUGGAGGGUCAGAUGUUCAGGAAACAAGGGAAGCUGGUGUCCCUCAGUGAGCAAAACCUGGUAGACUGCUCUCGUCCUGAAGGAAAUGAGGGCUGCAAUGGAGGUCUUAUGGACCAGGCAUUUCAGUAUAUUAAGGAUAACAAUGGCUUGGAUUCAGAGGAAUCCUACCCCUACUUGGGAACUGAUGAUCAGCCCUGCCAUUAUGAUCCCAAAUACAACGCCGCCAAUGACACAGGAUUUGUCGACAUUCCCAGUGGAAAGGAGCAUGCACUGAUGAAAGCUGUGGCCUCUGUGGGGCCGGUGUCUGUGGCUAUUGAUGCCGGACACGAGUCUUUCCAGUUCUACCAGUCAGGCAUCUACUUUGAGAAAGAAUGCAGCAGUGAGGAGCUAGAUCAUGGUGUUCUUGUUGUCGGUUAUGGUUUCGAGGGCGAGGAUGUUGAUGGCAAGAAGUACUGGAUUGUAAAGAACAGCUGGAGCGAGAGCUGGGGUGAUAAAGGAUAUAUCUACAUGGCAAAAGACAGAAAGAACCACUGUGGCAUUGCUACAGCAGCUAGCUAUCCACUUGUCUAGAAAAGAUUACCUCAAGCCUCAGAAGAGACAGUAUCGGAAGCGUAUUCAGUGAAACACACAAUUAUAGUGAAUAAAGUCACUCGAUAAAGGUGACUGUUUGUCUCAACCACCUGGUUGAGACUAGACUGAGCUACGGGCCUCAGUCAGUGUAUUGCUUGAAACACUGUUUUAGUGGUUUUAUGAAAUUGUUUUAUGGUCAUCUGUGUGCCACUGAUUUAGUUGAUUUACCUCUUAUGUAUUGUACAUACAUGUUCUUUAGUGUAAGUCUAAAUGUAUAAAUGUUUUUUCUAUUUUAUGUUUGAUCAAUUAAAGUUUUAAAUGUA